GUGAAACACUCCGAGAGGCAGCAACGGGUUGAAUGAAUGCAACUCUGUUCCAGCCUGAGCAUCUAACUUUUGCAAAUCUUGAAUGAUCAUGGAGAGGCCCUCAAAGGGAGCGUAUUUCCUUCUGCUCCUCUGCUGGCUGGGGGUUUCCUGGGAGGCCCGUCUUCCCCACCCCCUCAUCUCUUCCAAUGCGACCAUCUUCUCCCACGUCUACACAAUUAAGGUGGCCGGAGAAGACACGCCGAACGAGGGCGCCUCCCCACCUCCCCAAGAGGCCUUAGGCCCUCCUGGAUCUUCCCGAGGAGGGGCCCAGUAUGAACACACCCUGGAAGGUUCAGAUCAAGAGCACGUGGUUUUUACCCACCGCAUCAACCUCCCGCAACAAUCGUGCGGGUGUCCCCCUGGCACCAAAGAUACCCAGGAGCUUUGGAGAAGGCUGCAGGCCCUUGAGAAUGACGUGCGGAUCCUCCAGGAAACGUGCCACGCUGGGGGAGGCUGUUGCCCUGCUGCGUCCACCAGCAGUCAAGCCAGCGAAGGCCAGACAGACAUUCAUACGUUAUGUUCUCACCACGGAUCCUUUGACCUCUCUCGUUGCCUGUGCGAAUGUGAAUCAGGUUGGGGCGGUCCCACCUGCGCUGAGCCGGUCUGCUCUGGAGGCUGUGGGGGCCCAGAGCGUGGCAGAUGCAUCAACGGGCACUGCCAAUGCCAGCCUGGCUACUCGGGGGUCAGCUGCGAAGAGCCGCCAUCUUGUCCUGACGACUGCAAUGAUCAAGGGCGCUGUGUGGAUGGCCGCUGUACCUGCUUCCCAGGAUAUAUGGGCCCCUCCUGCUCCGACCCAGUUUGCCCCCAGAACUGCCAUGGACAUGGCCAAUGCGUCUCAGGAUGGUGCGUGUGCAACCCAGGUUACAGUGGUGCAGAUUGUGCCACCCGAGCUUGCCCUAGCAACUGCAACCGGCGUGGAGAAUGUCGUAAUGGGCACUGCGUGUGCGAGCCAGGCUUCACCGGGCCGGCCUGCGGCACCAAGACUUGCCCCAAUGAUUGUAACCAGAGAGGCCACUGUCUUCAGGGAGGGGUGUGUUCCUGCCACCCAGACUACACCGGACCCGACUGCGGUCAGCUGGCAUGCCCGGAGCACUGCAGUGGCCAUGGAGAAUGUCAGAAUGGAACGUGCGUGUGCAACAGCGGCUAUUCGGGCGAUGACUGUUCAGUAGAGAUUCCAUCCAUUGGUGUCCGUGUUUCAAAUCGAGAUGAAACGUCUUUUCGCCUGGAGUGGAACUACCCUGAGAUUUCUGUGGAUGGAUAUGAGAUCCACGUGGCACCCAUGAAGGAUCCUCGGGCAGGUGAAUCCAUACACCUACCUGGCACCCAAAGGACCUUUGAAUACAAAGGAUUAAAACCAGGGGAGGAAUACAAAGUCACCGUUCGGGUAGAAAAAGGGCAACACUACGGACCCCCUGUCACCCAGACCGUGCGUACGCGAGUGGCUCCUCCCACCGGCCUGCAGUCAUCACAAGCGUCGGGAAACUCCCUGACCUUGCAGUGGGAGACACCUACCUCUCGCCCUGAUGGCUACAUCCUCAGCUAUGUCCCUCUGGUUCCCACUCGACCCGCUCCAGCCAUGAAACGUAUAGAGUUGCCUGCAGCCCCUGAGCGUGUCACCCUGGAAGACCUGCAGAGCAGAACGCGAUACCGCAUCACCUUGGUUGCCCGUCAGAGUGGUGAGAACAGCCGAGCCACCAGCAUUGUGGUCAGCACCACAGCACCAGCUCCAAUUCAACCAAGUCGCCAUUACUUCACACCGCCGCCCACUUCCGAUAAAAAGCCAGGCACUUCCUCUCCUCAGCCUGAAGAGAAGAAACCAGGCACAAAACCACAUUUGGGUCGCCGCCCCACCAACACUACCUUACUGACCAAGGAGCACUUCCUGAAGAGAAUGACCCAGAAUAUCUCAUCCAAACUGUCCCCAUACAACGGGACCCUCCUUGAGCGGCUCGAGAGCUACCUCCGGGCCACCAAUUUCCCUCUCCGAGGCAACCAAACAAUCCAGAGCAUCGCCAGGGACAUCUACCUCUACCUCAAACGGAUGAAGCCCAUUGAAUUUCAAGAGAGGGUGGAAGAACGUCUUGUCCAAGAAACCAGCAAUUUAACUCUGAAAAAGGAAUUCCCAAUAACCGAAGCAGAGAGCGCCUACUCGGAUGGAUACCUUCGUCCAGACCAUGCCAAGCCAAAGGUGGUGACCAGCUCCUCAGACCACAUUGAGGUGUCUUUGGACAGCGUGAGGGGCAUCUCUGACCACGUGGUCAUCCGCUACCGAAACACGGUGACUGGAGAAAGAAAGGAGUUAGUGGUCCCUGGGGAUGCUUCCACAGCGACCAUCACCGGAUUGUCACCUGGAACAACCUACUUGAUGGAAAUUCAUGGUGUCAUGAAAGGACAUUCCUCUAAGUCAUACUCCUUUAUAACUGCCACAGCUCCAAGUUCACCAACAAAUGACAAGAUCCAAACCAUUGCCACACCCACCUCAACACCUGAAGCUCCACUGAAGAACCUGCAAGUGACUGAAAUCUCUCCAAACCAUCUCCGUGUGACAUGGUCAGCCCCGCCUGGUUUCUUCCAAAAGUUUUACGUCUACUAUAGGGACCCCAAAUCUGGGGCACCUCCCAAAAAAAUCAGCAUUCCGGGGACAGAGAGAAGUGUUGACUUAAUGGAUUUGCAGCUUGGUACAGAGUAUGAAGUAGAGUUACAUGGAGAGAGACCUGGUGGAAGCUACAGCGCUCCCUUCUCGACCAAAAUGAUUAUAGCUGCAGUUCAGAAACCAAAAAAAGAGAAACCAGAUGAGACCAUAGGGAUUAAGCCCAGCCUGGGGGAGUUCUCAGUCCUGGAUGUCACAAGCGAUACUAUCCGUCUUUAUUGGACCGUCCCCACUGGGAGCUUUGACUCCUUCCUCAUCCAGUACAAGGAUGCAGAUGGUCAACCCCAAGCACUGCCUGUGGAAGGAGGCUCCAAUGAAGUCACAGUGACUAACUUGGUUCCUUCUCGUAGAUACAAGUUCAACCUCUAUGGAGUCUCCGGGCGCAAACGCUCCAGCCCCCUCUCCACUGAUGCCACCACAGCUCAAAUCACAGAGCCUGAGAAGCCAGGUUCUUUCCAAUCCAGCCUGGGAGAACUGUCAGUGCUUGAUGCCACAAGCGAUUCUGUCCGACUCCAUUGGACUGUUUCUACAGGGAGCUUUGAUUCCUUCCUGAUCCAGUACAAAGAUGCAGAUGGCCAGCCCCAAGCAUUGCCUGUGGAGGGAGACUCCCGGGAAGUCACGGUGACCAACUUGGUUCCUUCACGCAGAUACAAAUUCAAUCUCUAUGGAGUCUCAGGGCGCAAACGCUCCAGCCCUAUCUCUACUUUUGCCGCAACAGUCCCCUUUACAGAGACAGAGACAGAGCCAAUUCCUGUUCAACCCAGCCUGGGGGAGUUUUCAGUCUUGGAUGUCACAAGUGAUACUGUCCGACUCUUUUGGACUGUCUCCACUGGGAGCUUUGACUCUUUCCUGAUCCAGUACAAGGAUGCAGAUGGCCAACCUCAAGCUUUGCAAGUUGAGGAAAGCUCCCGUGAAGUUACUGUGACCAACCUGGCUCCUUCUCGUAGAUACAAGUUCAACCUGUAUGGAGUCUUUGGGCGCAAACGCUCCAGCCCCCUCUCCACAAAUGCCAUCACAGUUCCCUUGGCAGAUUCAAAGGAACCAGUUCCUAUCCAACCCAGCCUGGGGGAGCUCUCAGUUUUUGAUGUCACAAGUAAUUCUGUCCGACUCUAUUGGACCAUCCCCACCGGGAGUUUUGACUCCUUCCUGAUCCAGUACAAUGAUGCGGAUGGCCAACCCCAAGCGUUGCCCAUAGAUGGAGGCUCCAAUCAAGUCACAGUAGCCAACCUGGCUCCUUCCCACAGAUACAAGUUCAACCUCUAUGGAAUCUCUGGGCACAAACGCUCCAACCCCCUCUCCAUUGAUGCCACCACAGCCCACAUUACAGAUACAGAGGAGCCAAUUCCUGUGCAACCCAGCCUAGGGGAGUUUUCCAUCCUUGAUGUCACAACUGAUUCUGUCCGACUCCAUUGGACUGUCCCCACUGGGAGAUUUGACUCCUUCCUGAUCCAGUACAAGGAUGCUGAUGGCCAACCUCAAGCGUUACCUGUGGAGGGAGACUCCCGUGAAGUCACGGUGACCAACCUGGUUCCUUCUCGUAGAUACAAGUUCAACCUCUAUGGAGUCUCUGGGCGCAAACGCUCCAGCCCCUUGUCCACCGAUGCCACCACAGCCCGCCUUACACAUUCAGAGGAGACAUAUCCUGUGCAACCCAGCCUGGGGGAGUUCUCAGCCCUUGACAUCACAAGCGAUUCUGUUCGACUCCAUUGGACUGUCCCCACUGGGAGAUUUGACUCCUUCCUGAUACAAUAUAAUGACGCAGGCGGCCAACCCCAAACAAUGCCUGUGGAGGGAGGCUUCAAUGAAGUCACGGUGACCAACCUGGCUCCUUCGCAGAGAUACAAGUUCAAUCUCUAUGGAAUUUCUGGGCGCAAACGCUCCAGCCCCCUCUCCACUGAUGCCACCACAGACUCAAAGGAGGCAAUUCCUGUCCAACCAAGCCUAGGAGACUUCACAGUCCUUGAUGUCACAAGCAAUUCUGUCCGCCUCCAUUGGACCGUUCCCACUGGGACCUAUGACUCCUUCCUGAUCCUAUAUAAGGAUGCAGACGGCCGAUCCCAAAUGUUGCCUGUGGAGGGAGACUCCCGUGAAGUCACAGUGACCAACCUGGUUCCUUCCCGCAGAUACAAGUUCAACCUCUAUGGAGUCUUUGGGCACAAACGCUCCAGCCCCCUCUCCACUGAUGCCACCACAGAAGAGCCAAUUCCUGUCCAACCCAGCCUUGGAGAAUUCUCAGUCCUUGAUGUCACGAGUGAUUCUGUCCGUCUCCAUUGGACUGUCCCCACCGGGAACUUUGAUUCUUUCCUGAUCCAGUACAAGGAUGCAGAUGGCCAACCCCAAGUGUUGCCUGUGGAAGGAGGCUCCAAUGAAGUCACCGUGUCCAAUCUGGUUCCUUCACGCAGAUAUAAAUUCAACCUCUAUGGCAUCUCUGGGCACAAACGCUCGAGCCCUCUCUCCACAGAUGCCACCACAGUUUCAAAGGAGGCUAUUGAUGUCCAGCCCAGCCUAGGAGAAUUCUCAGUCCUGGAUGUCACAAGCAAUUCUGUCCAUCUCCAUUGGACCGUUCCCACCGGGAGCUUUGACUCUUUCCUUGUCCAGUACAAGGAUGCGGAUGGCCAACCCCAAGCAUUGCCUGUGGAGGGAGGCUCCAAUGAACUCACGGUGACCAACCUGGUUCCUUCUCGCAAAUACAAGUUCAACCUCUAUGGAGUCUCUGGGCGUAAACGCUCCAGGCCCCUCUCCACGGAAGCCACCACAGGGGAGACCACUUCUAUCCAACCCAGCCUGGGGGAGUUCUCGGUCCUGGAUUUCACAAGCGAUUCUGUCCGUCUCUAUUGGACUGUCCCCACUGGGAGCUUUGACUCCUUCCUCAUCCAGUACAAGGAUGCAGAUGGUCAACCCCAAGCAUUGCCUGUGGAGGGAGCCUUCCGUGACAUCACAGUGACCAACCUGGCUCCUUCCCGCAGAUACAAGUUCAACCUCUAUGGAGUCUCUGAGCAUAAACGCUCCAUCCCUCUCUCUACUGAGGCCACCACAGCUCACUUUGCAGGCUCAGAGAAUGCAACUCCUCCUCAACCCAGCCUAGGAGAGUUCUCAGUCCGUGAUGUCACGAGUGAUUCUGUCCGUCUCCAUUGGACCGUUCCCACCGGGAGCUUUGACUCUUUCCUAGUCCAGUACAAGGAUGCAGAUGGUCAACCCCAAGCGUUGCCUGUGGAGGGAGGCUCCACUGAAGUCACCGUGUCCAACCUGGUUCCUUCACGCAGAUACAAAUUCAACCUCUAUGGCAUCUCUGGGCGUAAACGCACUGGUCCGCUCUCUACUGAUGCCACCACAGAUUCAGAGCAGCCAAUUCCUGUCCAACCCAGCCUGGGGGAGUUCUCAGUUGUGGAUGUCACAACGGAUUCUGUCCAUCUCCAUUGGACGGUCCCCACUGGGAGAUUUGACUCUUUCUUAGUCCAGUACAAGGACGCAGAUGGCCAACCCCAAGCGUUGCCUGUGGAGGGAGGCUCCAAUGAAAUUACGGUGACCAACCUGGUUCCUUCUCGCAGAUACAAAUUCAACCUCUAUGGAGUCUCUGGACGCAAGCGAUCCAGCCCUCUCUCCACCGAUGCCACCACAGCUCAGAUCCCAGAAGAGCCAAUUCCUGUCCAACCCAGCCUAGGGGAAUUUUCCAUCCUUGAUGUCAAGACUGAUUCUGUCCGUCUCUAUUGGACUGUCUCCACUGGGACAUUUGACUCCUUCCUGAUCCAGUACAAGGGUGCAGAUGGCCAACCUCAAGUGUUACCUGUGGAGGGAGGCUCCCGUGAAGUUACUGUGACCAACCUGGUUCCUUCCCGCAGAUACAAGUUCAACCUCUAUGGGGUCUCCGGGGGCAAACGCUCCAGCCCCCUAUCCACCGAUGCUACCACAGCCCACCAUAUACAUUCAGAGGAGACCAAUCCUGUCCAACCCAGCCUGGGGGAGUUCUCAGCCCUUGACAUCACAAGCGAUUCUGUCCGACUCUAUUGGACUGUCCCCACUGGGAGCUUUGACUCUUUCCUGAUCCAGUACAAGGAUGCAGAUGGCCAACCUCAAGCUUUGCCAGUUGAGCGAGGCCUCCAUGAAGUCACGGUGACCAACCUGGCUCCUUCUCGUAGAUACAAAUUUAACCUGUAUGGAAUCUUUGGGCGCAAACGCUCCAGCCCCCUCUCCACUGAUGCCACCACAGUUCCCUUGGUAGAUGCUAAGGAAUCACUUCCUAUCCAACCCAGCCUGGGGGAGCUCUCAGUUGUUGAUGUCACAAGCAAUUCUGUCCGUCUCUUUUGGACCGUCCCCACCGGGAACUUUGACUCCUUCCUAGUUCAGUACAAGGAUGCAGAUGGUCAACCCCAAGCGUUACCUGUGGAGGGAGGCUCCAAUGAAGUCACAGUGACCAACCUGGCUCCUUCCCGCAGAUACAAGUUCAAUCUCUAUGGAAUCUCUGGGCGCAAGCGCUCCAGCCCUCUCUCUAUCGAUGCCACCACAGCCCACCCUACCAACACAGGGGAAUCAAUUCCUGUCCAACCCAGCCUAGGGGAGUUCUCGGUCCUGGAUGUCACAAGCGAUUCUGUCCGACUCCAUUGGACUGUCCCCACUGGGAACUUUGACUCCUUCCUGAUCCAGUACAAGGACGCAGAUGGCCAACCCCAAGCGUUGCCUGUGGAGGGAGCCUUCCGUGACAUCACAGUGACCGACCUGGUUCCUUCUCGCAGAUACAAAUUUAACCUCUAUGGAGUUUUGGGGCGCAAACGCUCCAGCCCGCUCUCUACCAAUGCCACCACAGCCCACAUUAGAGACUCAGGGGAGCCAAUUCCCAUCCAGCCCAGCCUGGGGGAGUUCUCAGUCCUGGAUGUCACAAGUGAUUCUGUCCGACUCCAUUGGACGGUCCCCACUGGGAGGUUUGACUCCUUCCUGAUCCAAUACAAGGAUACAGAUGGUCAACCCCAAGCGUUGCCUGUGGAAGGAGGCUCCACUGAAGUCACGGUGACCAACCUGGCUCCUUCCCGCAGAUACAAGUUCACCCUCUAUGGAGUCUCUGGGCGCAAACGCUCCAGCCCUCUCUCCACCGAUACCACCACAGCCCGCCUUACAGACUCAGAGGAGGCAAUUCCUGUCCAACCCAAACUAGGAGAAUUCUCAGUCCUGGAUGCUACAAGUGAUUCUGUCCGACUCCAUUGGACUGUCCCCAUUGGGUACUUUGACUCCUUCCUGGUUCAGUACAAGGAUGCAGAUGGUCAACCCCAAGCAUUACCUGUGGAGAGAGGCUUCAAGGAAGUCACAGUGACCAACCUGGCUCCUUCUCACAGAUACAAGUUCAACCUCUAUGGAGUUUUUGGGCACAAACGCUCCAGCCCACUCUCUACCGAUGCCACCACAGCCCACAUUAGAGACUCAGGGGAGCCAAUUCCCAUCCAGCCCAGUCUGGGGGAGUUCUCAGUCCUGGAUGUCACAAACGAUUCUGUCCGUCUUCAUUGGACGGUCCCCACUGGGAACUUUGACUCCUUCCUGGUCCAGUACAAGGAUGCAGAUGGUCAACCUCAAGCGUUGCCUGUGGAAGGAGGCUCCAAUGAAGUCACAGUGACCAACCUGACUCCUUCUCACAGAUACAAGUUCAACCUCUAUGGAGUCUCCGGGCGCAAACGCUCUGGGCCCCUCUCCACCGAUGCCACCACAGCUCAAGCCACCAACUCAGAAGAGGCCAUUUCCAUCCAACCAACCUUGGGAGAAUUAUCUGUCCUGGAUGUCACUAGCAAUUCUGUCCAUCUCUAUUGGACCGUCCCCACCGGGACCUUUGACUCUUUCCUCAUCCAGUACAAGGACGCAGAUGGCCGACCCCAAGUGUUGCCUGUGGACGGAGGCUUGCGUGAAGUCACCGUGACCAACUUGGCUCCUUCCCACAGAUACAAGUUCCUCCUCUAUGGGGUCUCUGGACGCAAUAAGAUCCGUGUCCUCUCGGCUGAUGCCUUUACAGCAUCCACCACAAAGAAGGAAGCGACACCAAAGCCCUCUUUAGGAGAACUCUCCAUCUCUGAGGCCACCAGCAACUCUGUUCUUCUCUCUUGGACCAUCUCCACGGGGAGCUUUGACUCCUUCCUGCUCCAAUAUAAAGAUGAGGAGGGCAGAACCCAAAGGCUGACUGUGGAGGGAGAUUCGCGUGAAGUCACCGUUUUGAAUCUGGCUCCAUCCCACAAGUACAAGUUCAACCUUUAUGGAAUUUCUGGUGAAAAACGUAUUGGUCCUCUUUCUUCUGAAGCCACCACAGCUGAACCAGAGGAGGAAGAUGAGGAGAAACAGCCGACUUUGGGAGAACUCUCCAUCUCCGAAACCACCAGCAAUUCUCUUCUCCUUUCCUGGAGUGUCCCAACGGGGAGCUUUGACUCCUUCCUGAUUCAAUAUGAAGAUAGAGCUCUGCAGAGCUUGCCUGUGGAUGGGGCUUCUCGUGAAAAAAUGGUCUCCAACCUGGCUCCAUCUCACAGUUACCAGUUUGACCUCUACGGCAUCUCUGGUGCCAAACGCCUGGGCCCCAUUUCCGCCAAGGCCUUAACAGCUCCACAAUCUCCAAGUCAGGGCACAGAGGAGAGUGGAUCUCCCAGUCCAUCUCCAAAUCCCAGUUUCGGGGAGCUCUCGGUGUCUGAUGUCACCAGCAAUUCUGCCCGGCUCUCUUGGAACAUCCCUGUGGAGACCUUUGACUCCUUCCAGAUCCAAUACAAAGAUGCGGAAAACAAACCUCAAAUGGUUCCUGUGGACAAGGGAACCAACACCAUUGUGAUCUAUCAUCUAGUACCUUCCCAUAGGUACAAGUUCAAUCUGUAUGGCAUCUCUGGACGCAGGCGCUUUGGACCAAUCACUGCCAGUACCAUCACAACAGCAGCAGACAAUGAAAAGCCCCCAGGUGUGCCUGGAGAUGUGGACCAGGAGGUGCCUGCUGGGAUAAGACCCCGCUUGGGCGUGCUCUCGGUCCCAGAGAUCACCAGUCAUUCAGCCCGGCUAACAUGGACCGUCCCAGAAGGAAGCUUUGAUUCUUUCUCAGUCCAGUACAAAGAUGCUGAAGGAAGACCCCAAGUGCUCCCUUUAAGAGGAGAUUCCCGUGAUGUCAUCGUUUCCAAUCUAUCACCUUCUCACAAGUACAAGUUCAAUCUUUAUGGUAUCAUUGGAAAACAGCGCCUUGGACCGGUCUCUGCCCAAGUGUUCACAACAGCUGCCGAAACAUCUGGGCAGGUUGACGAAAAGAAACAGCCAGAGGAAAGCACAGGCAAGAGCAACCUGCCCAGCCUUGGAGAAGUCACUGUUUCUGAGGUCACUCCUGAUUCCCUUCUCCUCUCCUGGAGCGUCCAGGAAGGAAGCUUUGACUCCUUCAUUAUCCAGUACAAGGAUGCUUCAGGCAAGCCCCAGACGGUACCCGUUGACGGAGCCACGCGCUCCCUCCAUCUCUACAACCUCACAGCUUCACAGACGUAUGAAUUUGACCUGUUUGGAGUUUCUGGCUACAGGCACCUUGGGCCUCUCUCAGUUCACACUGUGACAGAGAUAUCCGAAGGAGAAAGGAACGUUGAGCCCCAGCUAGGAGGUCUCUCCGUCUCUCGGGUCACCAACAACUCAGUGGCUCUGUUCUGGACGGUGGCUGCCGGGAAUUUUGAUUCUUUCCUGAUCCAAUACAAGGACUCUGAGGGCAAGCCCCAAGUCCUGCCCCUCAAUGGCACUUCACGGGACAUCACCGUCACCGGCCUGGCGCCUUCUCACAGAUACAAGUUCAACCUGUACGGCCUGAAUGGGCGCAAACGCCUCGGUCCCAUUUCUACCAAUGCCAUCACAGGCCAAGGCACCCAACCCCUCAAGCUGGGAACCUUGUCAGCUCAUAACAUCACGUCGGAAUCCCUUCUUCUGUCCUGGACUGUGGAAUCUGGGAAUUUCGACUCUUUCAUCAUCCAGUACCGGGAUGACGCCGGCAAAUCCCAAGCAUUGCCUGUAGAUGGAGGUUUGCGAUCGCUGCGCUUCCAUGACUUGGUCCCUUCGCACAGAUACAAGUUCAACCUUUACGGGGUCUCCCGUCGCAAGCGCCUGGGCCCCAUAUCAGUGGAGGCUGUUACAGUCCCAAAACCUUCAGGGCUGCAAGUUGCUCCUCAACCCAAACUGGGGAAACUCUCUGCUUCUGACGUCUCUGACACAACUCUCCGUCUGACCUGGCGGGUCUUGACUGGAAAAUUUGAAUCCUUCAGCGUCGAGUACAGAGAUGCCGAGGGCAACCCCCAGGGGUUGUCGGUAGACACCAAUGCCCGGGAUGUGGUGAUUUCCAACUUGGUGCCUUCCCACAGAUAUAAGUUCAACCUCUAUGGCAUCUCUCAACAGAAACGCUUUGGUCCUGUCUCUACAGAAGCUGUCACAGCUCAAGGAAAGGACUUGGAGGCCAAACCCAAAUUGGGUGAUCUCUCCAUCUCUGAAGUCACCAAUGACUCUGUCCGCCUUUCAUGGACUAUCUCGUCUGGGAAAUUUGACUCUUUUUUCAUCCAGUACAAAGAUGCCCGAGGGAACCCACAAACCGUGCCUGUUGGUGUGGACUCCUGGACAGUUUUCAUCUCCAACUUGAUACCUUCCCACAAAUACAAGUUCAGCCUCUACGGUCUCUCUGAGAAGAAACAGUUUGGACCAGUCUCGAUCGAUGCUGUCACUGCAGCUUUCUCAGAAAGCACCAGCGCUCCAGCUCCCUUGCUCGAUCAUCUUGUGGUCUCUGAAGUGACGUCCACGACUCUGCAGCUCAGCUGGGAUGUCCCAGAGGGGGAAUUUGACUCCUUCCUUGUGAGAUGGAAAGACAGUUUGGGAAGAGGCCAAACGCCAGCCCAAGAAGUUAAAGUGCCUGGGGACGAGCGCUCCGUCACCCUCCAAGGACUCACACCCAGUACCAAAUACAGCCUUACGGUCUACGGCAUCAAGGAUGAGUCAGAAGUGGCCGAUAUCAGCACUGGAGCAAGGACAAGCGGGCUAGAGCUGGAUGGUCCCCAGGACUUGCGGUUCAGUGACAUUCGUGAGACCUCUGUGGUAGCCAACUGGAGACCCCCCUCCUCUCGCAUUGAUGGCUACAAAGUUUCUUUCCAGCCUUCAGAUGGUGGGGAGCCCAAAAGCAUUGUAGUGGAUGGAUCUGAACUCAGGACACUCAUUGAGGAUCUGACUCCUGGAGCCAGCUAUGAGGUCACUGUAAUGUCUAUCCGUGGAUUUGAAGAGAGCGAGCCAUUGGUAGGCUACAUCACUACAGUGCCAGAUGGGCCUUCCGAUUUGCGGGCCGUCAAUGUAACUGAUACCUCCGCCAUGCUGACGUGGCAUCCCGCUGUGGCUGAGAUGAACAACUACAUUGUCACGUACGGACCUAUCACUGGCACCGGCUCACAGGUCUCCGAAUCAGUUCCAGGAAAUCGUGUCCAGCUUCAGCUGUCAGAGCUACAAAGGGACAUGGAAUAUUGGGCCAAUGUCUAUGGGGAAAAGGAAGGAAACCGAAGUUCUCCCAUCAGCGCUACUUUCACCACUGGAGCAGAUGGGCCCCGGGACCUGCAUGCUACAGAAAUUUUCCCUCGCAGUGCGCGUCUCACCUGGUCACCUCCUGGUGUCCCCUCCGAGGGGUAUCUGUUGAGUUAUGAGACCCCCGAUGGACAAUCAAAGGAGAUCCCUCUGGAUGCUUCCAUCACUUCAUACGAACUUCAAGAUCUGAUUCCUUCAAGCCGGUACCAGGUCCAAGUCCAGGCAGUGAGGAGGGGCACACCAACAGCUCCCAUCUCCACAUCCUUCACCACUGGGCACCUGACAUACCCCUUCCCUCGGGACUGCGCGGAAGAAAUCCAGAAUGGGCCAGGAGCUUCACGAGUAACAACAAUUUAUCUAGGGGGCAACCAGGAACGUCCCUUGAGGGUGUUCUGUGACAUGGAGACAGACGGAGGAGGCUGGAUUGUCUUUCAACGUCGGAUGAAUGGUGAGACAGAUUUCUGGCGGGACUGGCAAAAUUAUGCUCUUGGCUUUGGCAACCUCACCCGGGAAUUUUGGCUAGGAAACAAUGCUCUGCACCAGCUGACCUCUUCAGGGGACUACGAGCUACGCGUGGAUCUCCGUGCCGGGGAUGAGUCUGUCUAUGCCACCUAUCAGAACUUCCGUGUGGACCCUCCAGCUGACCAUUACCGCCUGCACCUGGGCAGUUACCAUGGCACAGCUGGUGAUGCCUUAAGCUACCACUCAGGGAGUGUUUUCUCCACUCGGGACCGGGAUCCGAAUCGGGUCAUCAUCCCCUGUGCCAUUUCUUACCGUGGGGCAUGGUGGUAUCGCAACUGCCACUACACCAACCUCAACGGGCUCUAUGCUAACAACCGUGAUCAACAGGGUGUCAACUGGUUUAACUGGAAAGGAUUUGAGUUUUCCAUUCCUUUCACUGAGAUGAAACUGCGGCCCAGCAGCUUCCACCUAUUGCAGCGGUCCUGAGCGGGACGUGGGGAUGGACUAAGGGAGAGAGCGGCGGAGGCAAAGCAGCGACAACAGUGGAAAAUCCCAGCAACGAACCCCCUUUUGCAACAGGAUACCUCACACCCGGCCUUUGUUCUGCUUUUCUGGCCCAACCUGAGGAAAAAGAGGAACGUGUCAAAAACAAAGGCGGACACUGGAAAAAGAAAAACCUUUGGAGACUUCAGAAGAUCCACUUCACUCAAAAGGAAGAGAGAGCUCAGAAAUAGAAUUUCAGAGGAUAAAAGGAAUUAAUCUGAACAUAGGUAGUCCUCAAUUUACAACUACUAUUGGGAGCAGGGUUUUUAUUAUUAAGCAAGGUGAGUCACGGCCGAUUUUAUCACGGUUGAUAAGG